AUGGCUAAGAUGAACGAGGAUCUUCUUCGGCGGCCCUUGUACCUCUAUGACCUGCCUGCCGAAGUUUUGGACACUUUGGUGCUCAAAUCUGAUACAGACGCCGAAGCCGAAGCUAUCGCUGCCGCCGAAUCCACGAAAACACCUUCCGAGAGCGCGUCGUCGCCAGAUACAAAUCUUGUCGGGACACAAGCGUGCUCUUUGUGUGGCCUCACAUUCACAACAGUGAUCGACCAGCGGGGACAUCUCAAGUCUGAUUUUCACCAUUACAAUCUCAAGCAAAAACUGCGAGGUCAAAAGCCCGUGUCAGAGACAGAAUUCGAGAAGCUCGUUGGCAAACUAGACGAAUCAUUAUCAGGUUCUGAUUCAGACGAGUCAGAAGAAGACGAGGAAGAUGGCCGACAAGAUUCAACACUGACUGCGCUGCUGAAGAAGCAGGGCAGAUUAGCUGAUAAGGCGAAUGAUUCAACAGGAGAUGAUGACGAUGAAACGGCAGGAAAGCCAGGUCGCGGUAAACCACCCCUGGUAUGGUUUAGCUCUCCGCUGCUUCCAGAGAAGACCUACUUUGGCAUGUACCGCGCAAUCUUGACGGGCGAAGAACAAAGAAAUCAGGAUCUGGUGGAGGUGUUGAAGAAGAAACAGGUCGAGCCAAUAUCCAUGCCCAAGAUACCUAAGGAGGGCGCUUUACCAGAGGUCGCGUAUAAGGGUCCUCAUAUCUUUCUCUGUAUGAUUGGAGGUGGCCACUUUGCGGCCAUGGUUGUAUCUCUCGCCCCACGGCCCAACAAGAACGGCACCAGCAUGAAUCGAGAAGCGACAGUGCUUGCUCACAAGACCUUCCAUCGAUACACAACCCGACGAAAGCAGGGUGGUUCUCAAUCGGCCAACGAUAACGCGAAAGGUGCUGCGCAUUCGGCUGGUUCAAGUUUGCGACGAUAUAACGAACAGGCUUUGGUAGAGGAUGUGAGAACCCUUCUUCAAGACUGGAAGGCUCUCAUCGACACUUCAGAGUUACUGUUCAUCCGAGCAACAGGUAUGACAAACCGAAGAACGCUUUUUGGUCCCUACGAGGGGCAGGUGUUGAAGCAUAAUGAUACUCGGCUGCGGGGCUUUCCAUUCAGCACACGGCGAGCGACGCAGAAUGAACUUAUGCGAUCCUUCAUCGAGUUGACGCGACUAAAAGUCCGUGAGAUCGAGCCUGUGCAGGAACAGAAGAAAGACUCUGGGUCAGCGACUCCGAUAAAGACAAGUACAAAGCCUUCAAAACCGAAGUUGACAGAAGAGGAAGAGACUGCUUUACUCCACACCUCUCAACUUCAAGCGUUUGUACGAAGGUCAAAGGUCCCUGCGCUACUCUCAUACCUCAAGAACAACAACAUAUCAGCCGACUUUGAGUUUCAGCCUGUGGAGCAAAACCAUCACGCACCACGACCACUCCAUCUCGCCGCUGCUCAAAACGCUGCACCAUUAGUACUUGGCCUUCUCGUUCGCGGUGGAGCAGAUCCUACAAUAAAGAACAACGAUGGAAAGACGCCCUUCGAAUUGGCAGGUGAGCGCUCGACGCGUGAUGCGUUCCGGGUCGCUCGCUCCGAGCUCGGAGAGUCCAAGUGGUCGUGGGAUGAUGCAAAGGUACCGCCAGCCAUGACCAAGGCUGAAGCUGAUAAGCGUGACGAGAGAGAAAAGAAGGAAGCCAGUGACAAGGAGGCUGAGCGUCGGCGCGCUGAGGAGGAGCGAUUACAGGUUGAAGGGCCAAAGGUUUCAGAAGGACGAAAACAGAAGGGAAAUGCUCUGGCGGCGGGGCUGAAGAAGACACCACAGGAGAGGAGAGAGGCGGAAGAGAGAGGGUUAACACCUGAGAUGAGGAUGAGAUUGGAGCGUGAGAGGAGAGCACGAGCUGCGGAGGAGAGAUUACGGAAGAUGCAAGGAGGCGGAUAA